AUGGCAACACAUGGUAUACCUUCUGCAUUCAAAGAAAGAGGCUCACUAUCCUCCUCUGCAUCAUCCAUAAAUGUUCCACGUCGGCUUCGCCUACCCAUCUUACUAUUACGGCUCCUAUGUCUGGUACCUUCGAUCAUAGGCACCUACAACAAUAUAUUCCACUCGUCUAUUCAGUCCAUGGAGCAUUCGGGAUUAUUCGAAAACAAGAGCACCCCUUUGAUCCAUAAAGUGGCUUUAUUAUGGUGCAUACUGGCUGGAUAUUGGAGCUGGAUACUGACGACAAGCAUGCUGAAACGAUGGCUGCACUAUUACGAGAUUAGCAGUGCUGUUGUUCGUCUCAUCACAUUGAAUGUCAUCAACUGGUCAGUGUCUGCCUACCUCAGUUCUCAUUACGGCAUCGAUCAGCCUAUCUGGAAGUGGAUGACAGUGUGCCUUAUAUUCUUUGUAUCCAAUGUUCUCAAAAUCACACUAGCAGCAACACCAAAGUACUACUCUAGAACAGAGGAUAUCGAGGGACCUCGCAUCAACCACAAAUCCACCUUUGUCCGUGUCCUGAUCUUACCGUUGACUGUCGUCGUGUUUAUCACCAUGUUUGCCUCCUUGUAUCAAGUAAGCCAAAUGCGCAAGGAAUCCGCAGUUUUGUCAGAGCAGCGUAUGGUGAUGCCAGUAGCACAACGACACCCUCAGUUAGCCGAAUCAGAGGUGCGUGUCAUGGUCUUUGUGCUCAGUGCAUGGACAGCCAAGAGUGUCGACAAGCGCAAGGUGUUUCGUGAAACCACACUGAAAUUGAUGCCCAAAGACAAUGAACAUAUCUCAUACUUUUAUACGUUUAUUUUGGGCCAGCCUCCCAAUGACAAAGUGAGAUCAACAAUUGGACCUCUUGUGGAACAAGAAAUCAAGGACCACAACGACGUCUUGAUUCUGCCCUGCUCUGACAAGUAUGAAGAUCUCAGUAAAAAGGUGUAUGCUGCUUUUGAGUGGGCUGACAACUACGACUUUGACUACUUUGUAAAGACGGACGACGAUAUCUUUGUGAGAUGGGAUACAGUCAGUAAGGAAAUGGAGCUGGCAGGCAGAACCCAGAGAUAUUGGCGAGGUUUAGCGUAUUGGAAUAUACCACCCAUCCGAAAUUCAGAAAACAAGAAUGGUGAGUUAGUGUAUCCGCUGCCCAUUUUCCCUCCCUACACAGCAGGCGCAUUGUAUAUUCUGUCGAGAGAUAUUGUCCAUUUGAUUGCAGGCGUGAAAGGGCCCCGCAUGUUUGUCAAGAAUGAGGAUCAAAAUUUGGGCAUCUGGCUGUUUCCCUUCAAUAUCCUGCCAAUCCAUGAUCGCCGCAUCCAGCAAAUUGAUGUGUGCGAGAACGACAUGAUUGGCAAGCAUUUUGGUGAUUUUGGCGAAGCGGAUGCGAUUGGAGGCACCAUGUACGAUAUGCUGGAUAAUCUUCGAAACGGGCGCAAGAUGUGCGCUGGAUUCAAGACAUCCGUGUGUGGCAUGUGCUAUCCAUGCCAUGGUAAAAGCAAUCACUGGAAAGACUGGAACUUUGAUUGCGACGAUAGAAAGGGUGUUACACUCUUGAAUUUACCUCAACUUACUGUGAUGGAAUAA